AUGGACAGAUCCAGGCACUCUGGAACUGGACAUGGACAAACCUCAUCGGCAUCCAGUGACCAUUCAUGUCAGGGAUCCAAUGUCAGUCAGGCCAGUGAUAGUGAAGUCUCAGACAGCCCAUCAGUGUCAGCCCAUGGUCACUCUGGGGUAAGACACAGAAACCAACAAGAAUCUGCAUGUGGCCACUCAGGGGAAAGAUCUAGGCACGCAGGCUCACAUCAAGGGCAGGAGGCCGCACACAGGCAGUCUGACUCUGCUCAUGGACACUCUGGAUCCAGCACAAGAGACAGACAAGGCAGCCAUCACGAGCAGUCAGGAGACAGAUCCAGGCACUCUGGAACUGGACAUGGACAAACCUCAUCAGCAUCCAGUGACAAUAGACAUCAUGGAUCCAACAUCAGUCAGGCAAGUGACACUGAAGGACAAUCAGAAGUCUCAGAAGUCCAGUCAGAGUCAGCCCACGGGCACGCCAGGGCAGGUAACAGGAACCAACAAGAAUCUGCACGUGGCCACUCAGGGGAAAGAUCUAGGCACGCAGGCUCACAUCAAGGGCAGGAGGCCGCAAAUAGGCAGUCUGACUCUGUUCACAGGCACUCCGGAACCAGCACAAGAGAAAGACAAGGCAGCCAUCACGAGCAGUCAGGAGACAGAUCCAGGCACUCUGGAACUGGACAUGGUCAAACCUCAUCGGGAUCCAGUGACCAUAGACAUCAGGGAUCCAAUGUAGGUCAGGCCAGUGAUAGUGAAGACCCAGACAGCCCGUCAGUGUCAGCCCAUGGUCACUCUGAGGUAAGACACAGGAACCAACAAGGAACUGCACGUGGCCACUCAGGAGAAAGAUCUAGGCACUCUGGCUCACCUCAAGGGCAGGAGGCCGCACACAGGCAGUCUGACUCUGUUCAUGGGCACUCCAGAUCUAGCACAAGAGAAAGACAAGGCAGCCAACAUGAACAGUCAGGAGACAGAUCCAAGCACUCUGGAACUGGACAUGGACAAACGUCAUCUGCAUCCAGUGNCAUUCAUGAUCAGACUUUGACUAUCCAUUCACAGUCUCAUAUGACAGGGCUUCUUUAA